AUGAGCAAUAGCAAAGAAACAAUGACAAAAAAGCAACAAGAUGACCUUGCUUCAAAUUUUAAUAAUCUCCCUUGGGGUUUGCCUAUGGGUUUUCCAUCGAUGGCACCAUUUGGAGUCUAUCCACCAUUUGGUUUACCUACAUCCAAUUUUCCAUCGCUGAACAGUUUUCCACCUCCUCCACCAUUGUCUUCAUUAUUAUCAUCGAGUAAUUCGACAAAUCCUACUGCAUCUGAUGUUUGGCCAAAUGGUUUAUCUACAUCUAAUUCUAACAUUGAUUACAAUGAAUACGCUAAACAAUUAGGUUUACUUAUGAAUGCAUUUAAUGAUCAAACACAGAAGACAGAAAUAGACAAAUCAAAAACACCACCGAGUGUUAAAUCGUCUAAAUCAAAGCGAACCACCCCAGCUACUAAUACAUCGUUAGCAUCAGCUAAUGCAACACAUCAUAAAACGUCCACAUCGAAAAUUACCGAUGAAUCAUAUCGUCGUCCUACAUCUACAUCCUCAUCGGCGUCCUCUCGGCCUUCCUCGUCAAAUAACCAAAAGAAAUCUUCCCAUUCAAAAUCCUCGAACUCGACAACUUCAACUAAAACACCAGCGAAUACCGAUUCAUCACUACUAGAUCCACUUGCCUUUGCUACCGCUGCAGCAGCAGCUGCUGCUGCUAGUGGCGGUAAUCUCACGGCAUUUCCUUAUUUUCUUCCAUCAUUACUCUCACAACCAACAGGAACAAAUAAUAAUAAUAAUAACACUGCGACAUCAUAUCCUUUCUCUACGUUGUCAUCAUCGUUAAUGAAUCCAACUGGCAGUCUUUAUCCAUUUUUAUCACCCGAUUGGCUCACAACAUCGCCAGCGUCAAAGCUUCUCGAGGGACUUAGUGGAUCAACUGAUUCAAAAGACUCAACUUCACAUCAAACAUCUAAAUCAAAACAAUCACAAAAACAUAUAACACCUGAGAAUAAACAUUCAUCGACUCUCAACUCUCUACUUAACGAAUCACUUUCACCUUCAAAAUCAAAGAAACGAGCCAAAUCAAUUCGUGAUCUAGCUGAAGAACAGGAAUUGAAUCGAGAACGAACCUCGCCGAAUAAUUCAGCAAGAAAAUCUCUUACAAACAAUCCGAGUCUUCUUCAUUCUACAUUGAUAAAAUCCUCAUCGGAUGUUAUUGGAUCAUCUUCCCUAACAUCCAUUGAUUCUUUAUUCAAACCAAUUCUAUUCGAUCAACAACCAUCUGAUCUCUGGGCAUUUAAGCCUAUUAAAGACUCGAAAAUAGAUGAUGCUGAUUCAAAUAAUGGAAACGGUCUACGAGAAAAUCUGUUGAAUUUAAGUCGACGAAGUAGUAACAAUGAUACACCAGUGAAUCAUUCAGCAGAUGAAUCUCGAUCAAAUGAUGGCGAUGAUUCCGAUCCAAAUCCAAAACGACGAAAAACAGAUGAAGUGAACGAAGCACUUGUUCGAAUUCCAUUGAGUCGAGGAUGGAAACGUGUAACAAUCGUUCGAGCAGUGACCCGGACUGGUGUACGUGGUGAUGUUUCAUACUAUGCUCCAUGUGGAAGAAAAUUACGUUCAUUCCAAGAAAUUGAUCGAUAUCUGGCAAAAAAGAAUAUCACUGAUUUGGAUCGUUCACACUUUACAUUCAGUUCUAAAGUACAUAUUGGACAUUUUCAUGAACCGAAAGAAGGUCCAGAUGGAAAGACAAUCUUCAAUGAAUCCACAGAGGAUGAGAUUGUCAAUCGCAUUUUGGAAAUCAAUCCCAAAUUUCGUCGUAUCAAAUUUGAUUACGAAAGCGAAACGCCAACGAAAACAUCUGCUGUAUCGAGUCCGUCGGUCACUCCAAGUCAUCACAACGGUGAUAGUUUUCAACAGAUCUAUGAAGAAAACAAAAAGCUUCGCCUCGAGCAAGAAGAAAUGGCGAAACGAGCCGCAGAAAUCAAUACAACACGUGAAACCAUGCGUUUAUUGCAAAAUCUAACUGGUGACAGUUCGAAAAUAUCGGAACAUCUAGCAAGCAGUCAAUUUCAAGCAAGCGAGUUUCUGAAGAUCUUCAUGGAACAACAAAAACUAGUUCAACAGCAAGAACUUGAACAUCAACAGAAGCUACAGGCAGAACAACAAGAACAGGAACGCAAACGUCAAGAAUUGACUUAUUUAAAACAAUUAGAAUUGAAGAAACGGCAGGAAGAAAAGCUUCUCCUAAUAGAACAACGAAAGGCAGAAAAAAAUGCGGAACGUGAAAGAAAGAUUCAAGAGAAAUAUCUAGAAAUCGUUCAAGCAAAAGAAAUGAAAAGAAUCGCUGAAGAUAUGCAACUACGAGAUCUUAAACCACUUCCGACACUAAAACCGGUGGAUAAUAUGCGUUUAUCAAUUGAAGCCUUUGCUAAUUCUUUAAUGAUAAUUCAAUUUCUCAAUAAUUUCAAACAUAUUCUUCAUAUUCCUGAUAAUCUAAUUCCGACAUUAAACAGUCUUCAACAAUCGUCAUCAUCAUCAUCGCGUGAUAUCAACUCUCUUUGCCAAGUUUUGCUUAAUAUUGCAUUGGAAGAUCCGGGUAUACCUAAUCCGAAGAAAUGUAUAACGAAUCUUGGACAAAAACUGUCAGAAAUCGACAUUAACGAACAUACGUUCGGUGAAGUUCUUCGAUUGUACAUUCGAGAACGGAAUGGAUUUGAUGAUAAAAUCACUCAAAAUCUGUCAGAUACAUCGUUUCAAUCGUUAACUAUCGAUGAAAAACUGGAAAUCUUAGCAUUCUUAUGUAAUGAUCUAUCAAUGAAUAAACAAAUUGUCGAAGGAGUAGAUCAUAAUCUCGAUGAAUUAAUUGUUCUAAAACAUGAAAAGUUGGAAAUCGAAAAACGACUACGUCGUUUAAAGUUCGAAAAAUCAAACAAUGCAAAUAGUAACAAUACCAAAAAAUUGGCCGCAUUGAUUCGCGAAAAAGAUAUGAACAGUUCAGAUAACGAAAGUCCAGAUGAAAGUGAUGAUGAUGAAUCGCCUAAAAACGACGAAGAUACAACAGUUAUCAGCGAUCCAGCUGCAGAUACAGCAGACGAUCAAGAUAUCGAAACGAUCGACGAAACUAAAAUCGAUGAUUUAGAUAAGCGUUUAACAUUAGUCGGAAGAAAAUAUACCUUAAUUAAACGCCGUGCCUUCGAUAAAUAUUCUCGCAUACGUGCACUUCAUCUCGGACAAGAUCGAUAUCGCCGUCGUUAUUGGUACUUUUCGCAUUUACCAGGAAUCUAUGUCGAAGGUUUGACAUCAGGCGACAUAUGUGCUAACUUGAUCAAGGAUACUGUUGAAAAUGCAACAAAACAAAAAUUGGAUAAUACGGUCGAAGUUACUACUUCAUCGCGUUCUACACAACGUAAAAAACAACAAGUAAAGACCACGGAUCCGACUCCCACGCCACAACAACUAUCAUCAUUGGAAAGUUCUGUUGAACAAUCGACACCAAUGGAUUUGGAUAAAGUCAAAACUGAACAGAUUGAUAACGAAGAAGAACAACAACAGCAGCAGCAGAAUGCAUCGAAAAACGCGCAAGCAGAUUUUUCGACGAUGGAUUUAUCUGCUUUCUGUAUGACUACGAAACAAGACGAUGAAAACGAUGUAAAACUUGAAGACGUCAAAGACGAACAAGCAGAUGUGAUUAAAUCUGAACAAAACGAUGUGGUUAUUAGCAAUAACAAACGUGAUUUGGAUGAUAGCGUCGAUAAUGGCCUACCACUUGAUCUUUCUUGUUCCAAGCCGAAACGUUCAUGUGAAGACGACUAUUGGACAACUCAACAUACACAGGCUGCGCAUUUGUUACCACCGACUGCUAACAAAUAUGAUCAAUUUCACGAAUUAAAUGGCAGUCUUGCUUCUACGUCAAUGCUAUUUGAUAAUAUCAAACAAGAAAAUAUACUUUCAACCAAUAUCCUUAAUUUUACAAAUGCGAAUGAAAUCGUCUCGCCCUAUGACUUCUCGGCAUCCGUAAAGCAAGAAUCUGUAAUGAAUGCUUACAAACAGAUCGAACAGACUAUCCGAGAGAAAUAUCAAUACCCACAACCAUUACCAAUUCCUGAAGACGUUCAAUCCGGUUGGUGGUGCAUUCAAACACCUGACGAGUUGCGUCUGUUGAUUAAAUCUCUCGCUAAACGUGGCCAACGUGAGCGAUAUCUAUGUCGAAUGUUGCAACGUUACUUUGAUGUUAUAACACAUUUGAUGAAACAACAUAAUCAAUCUAACGUUAAAAAUGAAAGUACACCUGUAUCAGCAACCGAAAAUGAAAUGGAUGAUGAUAAUCAUGAGCGACAAGUAUCAUUAAAUGAUCUCAACGAAAUUACCGAUUCAAAUGUUGAUGUGACACACGAAAUAGACGUUUUAAAUGAAAUUUAUAAUCUAUCCGAUCGAAUUAUUUCGUCCAGUUUUCAAUGUCGAUCCUAUGAUUCGGAUACUGUUCGUAAACGUCUAUCUUACUCUGAUAUUCAAGCCAAAGGUUCAGAUGUUCUCGACGAAGCUAAACAUCUUUUAACAGAACUCGAACGUAACAUUGAACGACGCUAUUUGAAGCAUCCAUUCGUUCGUAAAUGUGAAAUUAAUCUGUCUUCAUUGAAUCGUAUCAAUCAAAAUAGUACAUAUCAUCAUACAUUAGACAAUUCAACGAAUGAAAUAGUAUCGUCAUCAAGAUACGAUGAAGUACCACAACAACUUGAACGGUGGAGACGAACAGUUAAUGAAUCACGUACAUCAGCACAAGUUGCGCUAUGUUUAACACAAUUAGAACGCUGUAUCGCAUGGGAAAGAUCAAUUUUGCGGGUCUAUUGUGAAAUAUGCAAUUCCGAUGAUGACGAAGAGAAAUUAUUAUUAUGCGAUGGAUGUGAUCAUGGUACACAUACAUAUUGUUUUCUUCCACCAAUGUCGAGUAUACCGCCAAAUGAUUGGUACUGCUAUGUCUGUAUUGGUAAGGCAAAAGGUGAAAAUUUGUGUUUUGUCUGUGGAAAUUUCGACAAUGAUCAAUUAAAUCGAUGUGAACAUUGCGGAAAAUUGUUUCAUGAAGGAUGUUUGAAGAAUGCCAAACAGCAACGUGGCAAAUGGUUGUGUGUGUUAUGUGCUGCUAAUGAUCCUUCGUUUUCAAAUGGUACAACGUCAACCAAGCCGACAAUCAGUCGUCAGACAUCUCGGUCGAUCAAUUCUCGACAGACGACAACAGCAAGCACUACCAAUGGCGAAACAAACAGUCAAUUGCCAUCGACAACCACUGCAAGCCGAAACCGGUCGAAUAAUAAUCGAAAAUCGAAAGUGACUAAUCAUGAAAACUUAUCCUUACAAGAAUCACAUUCAAAUUCAUCGCACGCUGAUACAACCCUGAAUAAUACCAAUGAAACGUCGCCAACGGAAAAUAAUGAUCUCGAUGAUGAUAUACCAUCGCCGGUAAUUGGUAAUACAACGAAUAAUAACCAAAAGAAGAAGUCUUCGAAAAAGCCAAAGACAAAUAACGAUAUCAAAGCUUGCCGAACUAUCUUAAAUGAAUUACUAAAAAGUGAUGUGUCAUGGCCAUUCCAGACGCCUGUUGAUACCAAAGAACAUCCGGAGUAUUAUGAAUGUAUCAAAGAACCAAUGGACUUCUCCACGAUGAAAAAGAAAAUGCGUCAUAAUCAAUACAUAAAACGUGACGAUUUCUUUCAUGACAUUGAACUUAUUUUGAAUAACUGUGAAUAUUACAAUGAAGAUGAGAGUCCCGUUGGUCAAGCCGGACAUUUAUUACGAACAUUGUUUCAAUCCCUAUGGACAAAGCAAUUCGGUUGA